GUUUUUGUACUACACUCCAGGCUGUAUUGGCUCGAUUGCUGUGGGGCUGUGCGCCGGCCUAUUAGAUAAAAACAAGCUUGUUUCUGCUGUUCUUCUCCUAGCAGGGCUCGCCUCCCUUUGCACCUUUUUUGUGAACGCGUACUGGCAGUUGGCGUUGCUGCGCCUUGCAGCAGGUUUAGCUAGCGGGGGGGUUCACCCCUUGGCUUAUUCGUGGGUGGGAGAUUGGUUCCGGCCCUCUUUGCGUUCGUGCGCCUCUGCAUUAGUGCUGGGAGCUGCGGGCUUCGGUACUUUCUGUGGACAGUGCCUAGCUGCGCUCUUGGGGGCCCUCGACUGGCGGUGGGUCUUCCUCAUUCUCGCAGCCCCGCUCCUCUUCAUGGCGCAGUUCUACUACAUUGCCAAUGGCCCCCUCACCGCCACCUCCAGCUCCCACUGCACCCCGCACUGCGUGGAAGCUGGGGAGGGAGGAGCAUACGAAUGCCGAGGCCUCGAUCUCAACAGCCUCAAGGCCAUGGCGCGUUCCAAAACGAACCUCCUCAUGCUCGUUCAGGCAUUUCCAGGGAAUGUUCCUUGGGGUGUUUUAGUUGUCUACCUCCACGACUUCCUAAGGACGGACGUCGGCCUGUCAGACAGUGUGGCAAUUGCAGCUAUUGUUGCAGUGGCUGCUGCUUCUUUUUGUGGAAUGAUUGUGGGGGGAAUGAUCGGCAGUCAGCUUUACGCCCACAGUGGCCGCCGCCUCCUCCGAUUCUGCUCAUGCACUUGUGUUCUUAGGUGCAUUCCCUGUGUGAUGAUAUUCGCAUUCCCUGCUGUAGUAGGGAGAGCUCCCCAGGGCCCCGCCCUGCUGGGCCUCCUCGCGCUUCUGUUGGGGGCUGCCUUUGGCUCGACUUUGCCUACAGCGAAUAUAGGGGCUGUAUUACUCAACGUGCGAGGAACGAUCUGUGCUAUUUAUACCGUUCUGGAUGACAUAUCAAAGGCGCUAGGAACCGUUGUGGCUUCGGUCUUAGCCGCCUUCGUGGGGUCGAGGGCUCUGGCUUUCCAGCUCUCCAUGAGCUUGUGGCUUCUGAGUGCCGCGGCUCUAUGGGCUGCCUCCACCACAUACGCAGCAGACGAGGAUCGUGCUGUAGCAGCGGAGCGUAAGAGGGAUGGCCUAGGGUUUCGUUGUUUGUCAGACGACGGGGCCAACGACCGCACGCCAUUGAUCUUGAGGCAGCAUCAGCAGGCGCUGCAACAGAAAACCAUGGAAGUAGGAGAGUGCAGCUGCUGCUGCAGCCCGCGCGACACUCUCAAACACAGCAACAGUGUCAGCAGCUGCACCACCUGCUGCAGCAACAGCGGCUGCGAACAGCGCCCAGGCAGUGACCAGCGGACUGCUAAGCGUGGUGCUGGCCUGGGGGCCCUCAAGCUGCCUUCCUCGGAAGCCUCCAGCAGCAUUUGGGAGCAGAUCGAGGAGGACGGAGGUUAUUCAAGGCACUUGAGCAGGCUGUAG